AUGGCGACCAAAAAGCCCGGAGUGAUCGCUUUGUUCGACGUCGACGGUACUCUCACAGCUCCGAGGAAGGAAGCUACUCAAGAAUUGCUUGAUUUUAUCCGAGAAUUGCGUAAGGUCGUUACUAUUGGAGUCGUUGGUGGAUCUGAUCUAAGCAAGAUAUCUGAGCAGCUUGGGAAAACAGUCACUCACGACUAUGAUUAUUGUUUCUCUGAGAAUGGUCUUGUUGCCCAUAAAGAUGGGAAAUCCAUUGGAAUCCAGAGCUUGAAGCUGUACCUUGGAGAAGAUAAACUCAAGGAGUUGAUAAAUUUCACACUGCACUACAUUGCAGACUUGGAUAUUCCAAUCAAAAGGGGAACAUUUAUAGAAUUCCGAAACGGAAUGCUCAAUGUGUCACCGAUUGGUCGCAACUGCAGCCAAGAAGAAAGAGAUGAAUUCGAGAGAUAUGAUAAGGUUCAAAACAUUCGCCCGAAAAUGGUGGCUGAACUUCGUGAGCGGUUUGCGCAUCUUAACCUUACUUUCUCAAUUGGUGGACAGAUUAGCUUCGAUGUCUUCCCUAAAGGUUGGGAUAAGACUUACUGCUUGCAAUAUCUUGAGGACUUUAAUGAAAUCCAUUUCUUCGGUGACAAAACCUAUGAGGGUGGAAAUGAUUAUGAAAUCUAUGAAUCACCAAAAACAAUUGGCCACUCAGUUACGAGUCCAGAUGACACAAUGGCAAAAUGCAAGGCUCUGUUCAUGUCUUGA